GUUAAAAUAUUGGCAUCAACGUCAAUAGUUUCCAAAGUGAGCACACAUGGAAAGAAAGGAGGGAUAUAAAAGCUGGCCAGCAUGUCCGACCAUCAUCACACAUCCUCCUCAACUGUCUUCAGACAAGGAACAACAUAACUAAACUUACCAGAAUGAAAUUCAUUAUCGUCCUCGCUUUCUUGGCCGUGGCAUUGGCUGCACCGCAAGGAGACAAGAAGCCCAUUGAAAUUAUUUCAUCCAACAGCGAAAUGAAUGCUGAUGGCAGUUACUCUUUCAAUUUCGAGAGUGCCGAUGGCACAAAAGUGUCAGAGAGCGGCAACCAGAAACAAGUCGGACCUAAACCCGAAGAUAUUGGAACCGUCUCCAAAGGAUCUUACUCUUUCACUACUCCCGAUGGUGUUGUCCUCACCGUCAACUGGGUCGCUGAUGAGAACGGAUUCCAGGCCACUGGUGAUCAUUUGCCUACUCCUCCCCCCAUGCCCGAACAUGUCGUGAAGAUGUUGGCCGACUUGAAGGCUGCCGGUCUUCUGUAAAUCUGUCCAUGAAUUUCACACAUCAAUUUGAAGCCAUACAAUCAAGAUUUUGGAUCCGUUUCCACUUUGUAAAUUCACUCAAAUUGUUCUCCUUUUUUAUCAAAACAAAAUACAUAAAAAUUUUUUCAAUUUAA